UCGGAGCGAGGACCUACCCAACCCCUCCCCGGAACCGCCCCAGGAGAAGGGACCGCAAAGCGGCGGCGCCUGGAGGAGCGGCGGCGGGGCGGUCGUGGCACCCAGCCUCCUGCGCUCCCCGCAGUGGAGGCCUCAGGCGCGCAGGCCAGGCCGGCCCAGGUCCGCGCGCUCCGGGCAGGAACGGGGAAGGAGCCAUGCUCGCAGCCUGCCGGCGCUUCUGGGUCCUGGUGGUCCUGGGCACAAGCUGGGCCGGCUGGGGGGGCCCCGAGGCCCAGGCAGCGCAGCUAAGGCAAUUCUACGUAGCUGCUCAGGUCAUCAAUUGGAACUACCGCCCUCCGCCCCCAGGCCCAAGCUUGAAUACUUCUGCAACUUUCUUUAAGAAAAUUGUCUACAGAGAAUAUGAAGCAUAUUUUAAGAAAGAAAAGCUACGAUCUAGGAUUUCAGGACUUCUUGGGCCUACGUUAUAUGCUGAAGUUGGAGACAUCAUGAAAGUUCACUUUAAGAAUAAGGCAGACAAGCCUUUAAGCAUCCACCCUCAAGGAAUUAAGUACAGUAAAUUCUCAGAAGGUGCUUCUUACCCUGACCGCACAUUCCCUGUGGAGCAGAAGGACGAUGCUAUAGCGCCAGGCCAAGAAUACACCUACGAGUGGCGUAUCACGGAGGACAGUGGACCCACACACGAUGACCCUCCGUGCCUCACACACAUCUAUUACUCCUAUGAAAACCUGGUACAGGACUUCAACUCUGGGCUGGUUGGACCUCUGCUUAUCUGUAAGAAAGGCACCCUAACUGAGGAUGGGACUCAGAAGAUGUUUGACAAGCAAUAUGUGCUGAUGUUUGCGGUGUUUGAUGAAAGCAAGAGCUGGAUCCAGUCAUCGUCUCUAAUGUACACAGUCAAUGGCUAUGUGAAUGGGACGUUGCCAGAUGUAACAGCCUGUGCCCAUGACCACAUCAGCUGGCAUCUGAUUGGAAUGAGCUCUGGACCAGAAUUGUUCUCUGUUCAUUUCAAUGGACAAGUCCUGGAGCAGAACCAUCAUAAGGUCUCAGCUGUCGUCCUUGUCAGCGCCAUGCCCACUACUGCAAACAUGACUGUGAGCCCAGAGGGAAGGUGGGCCAUAUCGUCUCUCAUCCCAAAACAUUUUCAAGCUGGGAUGCACGCUUACCUCAACAUUGAAAACUGCCCAAAGAAAACCCGGAGUCCUAAGAAACUAACGCGUGACCAGAGGCGGCACAUUAAGAGAUGGGAAUACUUUGUUGCUGCAGAGGAAGUCAUCUGGGACUAUGCACCUAUAAUACCAGCAAAUAUGGACAAAAAAUACAGAUCUCUGCAUUUAGAUAAUUUCUCAAACCAAAUUGGAAAGCAUUAUAAAAAGGUGGUCUACAAACAGUAUCAAGAUGAGUCCUUCACUAAACGUGUGGAGAACCCUGAUGCACAAGAGGAUGGGAUUUUGGGCCCUAUUAUCAGAGCCCAAGUCAGAGACACACUCAAAAUUGUGUUCAAAAACAUGGCCAGCCGCCCUUAUAGCAUUUACCCUCAUGGAGUAACCUUCGCUCCUUACGAAGAUGAAGUCAACUCUUCCUCCACCUCAGGCCAUAGCUUCAUGAUCAGACCAGUCCAACCAGGAGAAACCUAUACUUAUAAAUGGACCAUCCUAGAGUCUGAUGAACCCACAGAAAACGACGCCCAGUGCUUAACAAGGCCAUACUACAGUGAUGUGGACGCCACAAGGGACAUUGCCUCUGGGCUGAUAGGGCUACUUCUGAUCUGUAAGAGCAGAUCCCUGGACAAGCGAGGCAUACAGAGGGCAGCAGACAUCGAGCAGCAGGCCGUGUUUGCUGUGUUUGAUGAGAACAAGAGUUGGUACAUUGAGGACAACAUCAACAAGUUUUGUGAAAAUCCUGAUAAGGUGAAGCGUGAUGACCCCAAGUUUUAUGAAUCAAACAUCAUGAGCACUAUCAAUGGCUAUGUGCCUGAGAGCAUACAGACACUGGGAUUCUGUUUUGAUGACACCGUCCAGUGGCACUUCUGCAGUGUGGGAACCCAGGAUGACAUUUUGACCAUUCAUUUUACUGGGCACUCAUUCAUCUAUGGAAAGAGGCACGAGGACACCCUGGCCCUCUUCCCCAUGCAUGGAGAAUCUGUGACCGUUACAAUGGAUAACGUUGGAACUUGGAUGUUAACUACCAUGAGUUCCAGUCCAAGAAGCCAAAAGUUAAGGCUGAGAUUCAGGGAUGUUAAAUGUAUCCGGGAUGAUUAUGAAGGCUCAUAUGAGAUUAUGUAUGGACCUCCAACAUCUAUACCCAUGGACACUCGGAAAAUGCAUGAUUCUUUAGAAAAUAAAAGUGGAGAGGAUGCUACAGAAUAUGAUUACCAGGAUUCACUGGCUUCAUCAUUAGGAAUUAGGUCACUCAGAAAUUCAUCACUGAAUCAGGAGGAAGAUGAGUUCAAUCUUACUGCCCUAGCUCUGGAGAAUAGCCCUGAUUUCAUUCCCCCAAGUGCAGAUACAGCUGUUGGUUCAAAUUCUUCUUCCCCAAGUAACAUUAGUUGGCUCAUAGACAAUGAUCUCUCCAAACCCCAGAAAACCCUUCCUCAUGCACAGGCCACAACCAUUGGUUCCCUCCUGGGGCACCCCACUGGCUUAGACAAGAACUUAGCUCUCAACCCCUCUACAACAGAGCAUUCCAACCCUUAUUCUGAAAAGGAUCCUCUACAGUCAGGUGUUACAGGGAUAAGCUUUCUUCCUCUUGGUGCAUCAGGAUUCAGAAGUCAAAAAGAUGCUAAAUAUAAGGUAUUGAAGGCAGAAAGAGACCGAGCAGCAAAGCUCAGGAUUUCCCGGAAGGAAAUACCAGCACAUAAAACUGGGAAACAUUUAAGAGAAAACAAUAUUUCUACUUCCAGCAUGGGACCCUGGGAGGACCUUUCUAGCAAUCUCUUACUCUUAAAACAGAAGAAUCCAUCUAAGAUUUUGAAUGGGAAAUGGCAUUUGGCUUCUGAGAAAGGUAGCUAUGACAUAAUCCAAGAAACUGAUGAAGAUAUGACUGUUAAUAAGCUGCUGAACAGCCCACAGAAUGGCUCAAGGCCUUUGGGAAGUAGCACCCCCCUUACAAACAAGCAUGGAAAGCAGACUGGACACCCAGGGUUUUCUGGAGUUAGACAUAAGCCUCUACAAGUAAGACAGGAUGGAAAAAGUCAUGGAUUGAAGAAAACCUCUUUUUACAUUAAGACACGAAAAAAGAAAAAGGAAGGGAAGCUUACACCCCAUGUUCUUAUGUCUCCCCGGGGUUUUAACCCCCAAAGAGGAGAGGCCUACACCACAUUUUCAGACAGAAAACUUGAUGAUUCCUUAUUACUCCUUAAGUCCAGUGAAGCAUCUCUUCUCACAGACCUCAACUGGACAUUGCCCUCUAUGAAUCCCGGCCUGAUAACUUCACUUCCUGACCAUGGUCAGAACCCCCCAAACAAUAACACUGGUCAGACAAUCUCCCCUCCAGAUCCUUAUCAGACAGUGCACCCAGAAGAACGCUCUCAUAUUCAAGACCAUGAUCAAAUGCACUCUACUACAGACUCCAAUCACAGACCGUUUCCUCCAGAGUUUGACCAGAUGCUCAGCUAUGACCUAAGUCACAAGUCAUCCCCUCUUGACGAUGGUCACACCUUUCCUUCCUUGGAACUUGAAGUCAGGCAGAUAACCACCUCUCCAGACUUCAAUCAACCACCCCUCUCCCCAGACCUCAGCCAGAUGACCCUCUCCCCAGAUGACUUCUCUUCAGAACUCAGUCAGACAACCCUCUCUCCUGACCUCAGCCAGGCAGCUCUCUCCCCAGACGACCUCUCUUCAGAACUCAGUCAGACAACCCUCUCUCCUGACAUCAGCCAGGCAGCUCUCUCCCCAGACGACCUCUCUUCAGAACUCAGUCAGACAACCCUCUCUCUAGGCCUCGGCCAGAUGACUCUCUCCCCAGAUGACUUCUCUUCAGAACUCAGUCAGACAACCCUCUCUCCCGACAUCAGCCAGGCAGCUCUCUCCCCAGACGACCUCUCUUCAGAACUCAGUCAGACAACCCUCUCUCCUGACCUCAGCCAGGCAGCUCUCUCCCCAGAUGACUUCUCUUCAGAACUCGGUCAGACAGCCCUCUCUCCUGACCUCAGCCAGGCAGCUCUCUCCCCAGACGACCUCUCUUCAGAACUCAGUCAGACAACCCUCUCUCCUGACAUCAGCCAGACAGCUCUCUCCCCAGACAACCUCUCUUCAGAGCUCAGUCAGACAACCCUCUCUCCAGACCUCAGCCAGACAACUCUCUUCCCAGAAUUCAGUGAAACAAACCUUCCCUCAGACCUCAGCCAGGCGACCUUCUCUUCAGAACUCAGUCAGAUGACCCUUUCUCCAGACCUCAGGCAGACAUUGCCUCCUCUAGACCUUGAUCAGACAUCCUACACUUCAGAAUCAAAUCAGUCACUUCCUCUUCCAGAAUUUGGUCAGACUUUCCUUCAUUCAGACCUUGGUCAGAUACCAUCUCCUCCACCAACUCCUACACUCGAUGAUGCUUUAAUACCAACGGAAUUUAAUCCACCGGUUGUAGUGGGCCUCCCUAGAGAUGAUGGCGAUUACGUUGAGAUUAUUCCAAGGCAGGAGUUCCACAGCAGUGAAGAAGACUCUGUUGAAAUUGAUUAUGUGCGUUAUGAUGAUCCCUACCAAACUGACAUUCGGACAGACAUCAACUCCUGCAGAAAUCCUGACAGUAUUGCAGCAUGGUACCUCCGCAGCAACAAUGGAAACAGAAAAAUUUAUUACAUUGCUGCUGAAGAAAUAUCCUGGGAUUAUUCAAAAUUUGCACAAAGCAAAACAGAUAAUGAAGAAGAUACCGAAGAUGCUCCCAAGAAUACCGUAUACAAGAAAGUGGUGUUCCGAAAGUACCUGGACAGCACCUUUACCAAGCAUGAUCCUCGGGGGGAGUAUGAAGAGCACCUUGGGAUGCUUGGUCCUAUUAUCAGAGCUGAAGUGGAUGAUGUCAUCCAAGUUCAUUUUAAAAAUUUAGCAUCCAGACCGUAUUCUCUUCAUGCUCAUGGACUUUCCUAUGAAAAAUCAUCAGAGGGAAAGACUUAUGAUGAUGACUCUCCUGAAUGGUUUAAGGAGGAUAACGCCAUUCGGCCCAACGACACUUAUACGUAUGUAUGGCACGCCACCGAGCGGUCCGGGCCGGAAGAUCCAGGCUCGGCCUGUCGGGCGUGGGCCUACUAUUCAGCAGUGAACCCGGAAAAGGAUAUCCAUUCGGGUUUGAUUGGUCCCCUUCUGAUCUGCCGAAAAGGGACACUUCACAAGGAGAGCAGCAUGCCUAUGGACAUGAGAGAAUUUGUCUUACUUUUUAUGGUCUUUGAUGAAAAGAAGAGCUGGUACUAUGAAAAGAAGCCCAAAAGGUCUUGGACACUCGCAUCCUCAGAAGUAAAAAACUCCCAUGAAUUUCAUGCCAUUAAUGGGAUGAUCUACGGCCUGCCCGGCCUGAUGAUGUACGAGCAAGAGUGGGUGAGGUUGCACCUGCUGAACAUGGGCAGCUCCCAAGACAUUCAUGUGGUCCGCUUUCAUGGCCAGACCUUGCUGGAAAACGGCACCCAACAGCACCAGUUAGGGGUCUGGCCCCUUCUGCCUGGUUCAUUUAAAACUCUGGAAAUGAAAGCAUCAAAACCUGGCUGGUGGCUCCUAGACACAGAGGUUGGGGAAAACCAGCAAGCGGGGAUGCAAACGCUUUUCCUCAUCAUAGACAGAGGAUGUAAGAUGCCAAUGGGACUAAGCACUGGCAUCAUAUCUGACUCACAGAUCAAGGCUUCUGAGUAUCUAAGUUAUUGGGAGCCCAAAUUAGCAAGAUUAAACAAUAGUGGAUCGUAUAAUGCUUGGAGCAUGGAAAAACCUUCAAGAGAAUCUGGCUCUAACUCCUGGAUCCAGGUGGACAUGCAAAGGGAAGUCGUAUUGACGGGGAUCCAGACCCAAGGUGCCAAGCACUACCUGAAGCCCUACUACACCACCGAGUUCUACGUGGCUUACAGCUCUGACCACAGCAGCUGGCAGGUCUUCAGAGGGAACAGCACGAGGAGCCCGAUGUAUUUUGCUGGCAAUUCAGAUGCCUCUACAGUAAAAGACAACCAGUUUGACCCACCGAUUGUGGCUAGAUACAUUAGGGUCUUUCCAACCACAGUCCAUAACAGACCUACCCUUCGAAUGGAGCUGCAAGGUUGUGAGGUUAAUGGAUGCUCCACGCCACUUGGUAUGGAGAGUCGAAAGAUAGAAAACAAGCAAAUCACAGCUUCUUCGUUUAAAACAUCUUGGUGGGGCCAUGACUGGGAACCCGCCUAUGCCCGGCUCAAUGCCCAGGGCCGUGUGAAUGCCUGGCAAGCCAAGGCAAACAACAACAAACAGUGGCUACAGAUCGAUCUGCUGAAAAUCAAGAAGAUAACUGCGAUUGUGACACAGGGCUGCAAGUCCCUGUCCUCUGAAAUGUAUGUGAAGAGCUACGCCAUCCACUACAGUGACCAGGGAGUGGAAUGGAAGCCUUACAGGGUGAAAUCCGGUGUGGUGGACAAGAUUUUUGAAGGAAAUAGUAAUACCAAAGGACACAUGAAGAACUUUUUCAAUCCGCCCAUCAUUUCCCGGUUUAUCCGCAUCAUUCCUAAAACGUGGAAUCAAAGUAUUGCACUUCGCCUGGAGCUCUUUGGCUGUGAUAUUUACUAGAAUUAGAUAUUCAAAAAGACAGCGGGGACUCUUUAAGGUUAUAAACCAUUUAGAGUUGGCAAUGUAUUUUAUAGCUAUUUUAAGUGUUAACAAUUUUCUAAUAUUUUUCUAUUAGGAAAUAAAAUUUUGUAUAGAAACUUUAAUUAAUGUAACACCUUGCUACCAUUAAAUGAGACAAUGGCUAUUAUUUCUACAUUAAUUUGAAUAUGCAUGGAUAAAUAUCAAGAACCAACAAGAAAAUAGCUUAUCUUUCACAAUGAUUAAAAGUGCUUAAAGUAAUAUUUUUGUGGUUAACACGUUUUAUUAUAUCUCUUUUAAAUGCUAUACACAUUAAUAAAAGAGAUACUACCAUUCAUCGUAAAGUAGU